AUGGAAGAUGCUGAGUUCAGUGAUAGAAGUGAAGAGCAGAAAACUCUUUUACCGUUUCUGAAAAGGGAAGAAAAAGAAGACAAAGCUGGUCAGUUCUCUAAUUUGAAAGACUACCACAAAGAACGCAAACCUGAAGAGUCAGAUGAUGGUGGCGAGACAGGAGACAAGGACCUUUCUGAAGGAGUUGGAGAUGAAUCUGAUUCUAACAUGGAAAGCUUGGAACACUAUUUGGACAACAAUAAUAAUAUUCCACCUAUGAAAUAUGCAGAUAGAGUUCACAUAUUAACACUACACAGGAACCUAAAACAGCUGAAUGACGUAGCCAAAGAAAAGGAAUGUGUGGUACCAAAAAACAGAGACAAGCUCAGUACCUGCCAGCUGCAGAUCAAAAUACUAGCAAAACAGCUGGAGUAUAAGGGGAAUUACGAUGUUGAAUAUAGUCAAUUCAAUGUCCAUAGGCACUGUAGUGUAUUGUGCACUGGUUCUCUCAGAACAGCCCUGUUCCACCUGCAGGCAGUGCGCAUGCAACAAUGCACCGAACUAGAGAAUAAGAAAGACCUUGAAUCAAAAAUUGCUUUGACACUGAAAGAAUGUGUGUAUGAGGUGUGGCAAAUAGAAGCUGAACAGGGAAAAUCUGAAAGCUUUCUUGAGCAACUUGAUGAAGAGGAGCUAGAGAUGCAAUACCGAAAACAAGCAGAAUUGCGAAUUUGGAGGGAAAAAAUAGCAGCCCGCAAAGCGGAACAAAAUCAACAGGCUAGAGAAAAAAAAGAAGAGGAAGCUCAGAAAGAAUAUGAAGAAAAGCAUAAAGAAAUGCUUGAAGAUGUUCAAAGGAACCAUGAAAAAGCAGUCUACUUUCUGAGAAAAACAAUGACAAGAAUUCAUGAGAAAAAUGCAGACGAAGAACAGAAGACUCAGAAGCAUAUGGAAAGAAGGAUGCAAGCUGUGCUUUCCCUGAAAAACAGCAUAGCUUCCAAUAGGGAAAACCUCCGAACUCUCCAGCUAGGGAAAAAAGCAAGGGCCUUUGAGGCAAAAAAACAAGAGAUGAAAAUGAGGGAAGCUAUCCUAGCAGAAGGAGGCAAUGUUGCCAAGGAAAUUUUUCUUCAUAAACGACUGGCAGAAUAUGAAAAAGAGAAACGAGCUUUUCAAGAACAGCAAAAAUCUAGAAGAAUUGAGAUUGUAGCUCGAAUUUUGCAAGAAAAUGUUUAUUUUCACAAGCAGAAAAACAGUCAAUCCUGUACUAAGGCAGUUAAGAGGGAUGGUAAACUUGAGGAUUCUUUACUGUGGAGAAUGAAAACAUGGCAGUAUAUUGAAAAGACUUGCGAACAUUCAGCUACAGCAAUACCACAGGAAUCGUGGUACUCUUCAUCAAUUUGCUCCUCAGCUGAUAAGAGAAUUCCUUCCAUACAAGAAUUUCCUGAAAAAGCAUGCCAUGAUGUGUUCUGUGAAAGUAAAGAAGAUGAGAAAGAGAAGGACAAGCCUCAAGCUGAACCAGAGUUUCCAGGACUUUGGAAUCAGGAAUGUGAUUUGCACAAGAUACCUAAAGAAGAAACGGAACCAAAGCUGUUAGCUACAAAGAUAAUGAAAAAAGAGAUUUUAAAGAAAAAAAUGGGGAAGCUCCAAACUGGAAUUUUUCACCAGCAAAUAGUGUCUGGUGGUGAAUGUGAGGAAUGCCCUUUUUACAGUAAACCAAAUCUCAUUCAUUUCAAGGAUUUUGAUGUUGGUAAGAUCUACAAAAAGAAGAUAGUUUUGACAAAUGCAUCUUACAGUGUUAAUUUCUGCAGACUAGCAGGAAUCAGUGAAUGGCUCAAGGACUUCAUCAGCAUUCAUUUUGACCCACCUGGCCAAAUGUCUGCUGGAAUGUCCUGUGAAGUAGGGGUGACCUUUAAGCCAAUGAUAAAUGAAACUCUGGAAGGAGAAAUCACAUUUAUGGCACAGACAGGUUCUUUUUCUGUUCCAUUGAAAUGUACAACCAAGAAAUGUGUUCUGGCACUAGAUAAAGAGCUCGUUGACUUUGGCACUCAGGUUGUGGGGGAGAGAAUUUCACGGACUGUCACCCUGACAAACUGUGGAGCUUUGGGAACAAGAUUCAAAGUUCAGAUGUCAGCAGAUGAUAGUAGAGUAAGCACAGCAAUAGCAAAAUCUUCUCCUGGACGAAUGAUCAGUCAACAAUUCAGUGACUCUUUCCCUGAAGAGAGAGUCAGUAAUAGUCCUGUGAAAUCUGUGUUUGAGAAAAAGGAUCAAACUUGUCAUGACCAUAGUGAAGAAAUGACUUAUUGUGUAACUCGGAUGGAGCAGCAGAGGACAGAGACAAGCCUGAGCAAAGACCUUAGUCAAGAUGCAUUAAACUGCAAACCAGACCUGGAAGCAGACGAUGCGGAGGAUGUAGUGGAACCUUUUCCUGAAGAAACACCAACUGAAAUUAUGCUGGGCAAGGUUACUGAAGGUGAAAUUGGACCCUUCAACUCAGUCAAGCUUCAGAUUAUAUUUACCCCAGCCAUCCCUGGAGAUGUACGGGCAGAGUUUGUGAUUACUUUUGACAACUCACCCUGCAAACCACUGUGCUUUAGUGCCAUUGGAGUUUCUAUUGAUGUGCCAGUUUGGGUGCCCAAUCCAAACAUUGAUUUAAAGAUCUGUAUGUAUGACCGACUUUAUCAGGAUUGCAUUGUCAUUCAAAGCAGAGCAAAAGCUGCGCUGCGAUUGAAGUUUGAAGUAUGCAAAGAAUUGAGUAGGCAUAUGGAGCUUCUUCCAAAAACAGGUUACAUUCAAGCUCAGUCAUCCUUCAAUGUGCAGCUGAAGUUUCUGCCCAGGCACUCCCUUCCUGAAGAUGCAGGGAACUAUUUUGAUGAGGAGACAAGAGUUCUGGAAGUUCCAAUGACAAUACUGAUUGCAGAUAAGACUAAACCUGUUAAUUUUACUGUCCAUGCAAUUGUUACUACUUCUGAUAUGGAAAUUAGUCCAGCAGAAAUACAUUUUGGAUACUGCACAAUCUAUGAAGCUGUGCAGACAAAUGUCACACUAACAAACAAAUCCAUUUUGCCACAAGAGUUUGGAUUUGUGGGACUUCCAGAGUUUGUUGAAAUUCAACCCAAUGAUGGACUUGGAAUUCUUCUUCCCCUUGAAAGCCUGACAUUGGACAUAAUCUUUAAAGCCAACAAGGCAAAAGAAUAUAACUUUGAACUAACCUGCAAGUCGGAGAUUAAUAGACAAUUCAAGCUGUCAUGCAAAGCCGUUGGAGUCCACCCACCUCUUGAAUUGUCUCAUUCCUUAGUUCAGUUUGCUGCAACAGCUUUAAAUGGUGUAUCUACAGCAACACUCCAUGUAAUAAAUUCCCAUGUAAGUGUCAACAGCUUUACUCAUGCUGUCCCAAGAAUUGGCAAUGGGGAAAUUGCCUGUGUUGGACCCACUUCCUUUGAAUUCCAUGUACCGGAAGACUGUCCUGUGACAAUUACACCUUCUGUUGGGACUGUGUUGCCUGGGAAGAAAAGCUUGAUUCAAGUGUCCUUCAGACCAAUAUUGUCAGAUCAGCUUAUCAGAGAAGAGGCAAUGCGGCUUUGCAGAGCAGCUGUGACAAGGGCAGAAAUACAAACAAAGAAGAAAGACGAGAAGACAAAGAAAUUAAGCAUUUCCUCUAUCAGACAGCAGUCUUCCAAACAGCUUGCAAGAGACAGAGGCAGUAAAUACCUGACUUCUGUAUAUAGUUCUGAGCAACCAAAAUCUGAAGAGAUAAAACCUACUUCUGAAGCUUAUAUGGCAGCUCAGACUUUCCUGAUCAGGAAUUUCAGAGGGAGGUUUGAAAAAUACAUCAUACCCUGUUUUGUUGCAAGUGGAGAUACUGAUGGAAAAAGAAGCUCUGAAGAUCUAAGCUGCAGCCCUUAUAAUACCUUGUAUCUGGAGCUGCACUGUCCAGCUGUAGCACCAUCUGUUGUGGUCACUUCAGAUAAUGGGGAAAACACAAUCAAUUUUGGUGAUGUCGCAGUAGGCCAUAGAAGAAUUAAGCAAAUUACAAUACAAAAUAUCUCCCCAGAGCAGCUGGAACUAGGAUUUUCAAUUCUGAAUCCCAAUGGUCCCUUCUUGUUGGUCAGACCAGUUGGAAUGCUUCAGCCAGGGGAAAAUAAAACUCUUAUCAUCUCUUUUUGUCCAAAUGAGAAUAAAUGGUUUUUUGAAACAUUGGACAUCUGGACUGUAAAAACUAAUCUAACCCUAAGCAUCAUUGGUCAUGGGGUGAUGCCAUCAACUGUCUGCUCUGUGGAAGAAGUACUCAAUAUGGGAUACGUCAUAGCCAAAGAGAAAGUGACUUCCACAUUCAAGAUACAGAAUACAUCCAUACUGAACUUGAGAUACUCCAUACAACUGGAUUCACUUUCUUCAACAAGGGAUAAAGACCAGCAGAAACUUCCUUCCUUCAUGACAUCCUCUUUGCAAAGAACAGAUUUUGUUGGAACACAGAACUAUAAUGGCUUAAGUGUGUUCAGCAUUUUUCCAAUAGAAGGAGAAAUUGUUGCUGGGAAGAGCCAGGAUUUUACUGUCACUUUCAGUCCUGAUCAUGAAAGUCUAUACUAUUCUGACCGUCUGAAGGUUGUGCUCUUUGGCAAGGAAGUAGCCCAUGUGAUCCACUUAAAGGGUGCAGCAAGAUAUCAUCCAAUGUUUGUGGAAGGAGGAAUUCCACUAGAUGUGCCCAUAGAGUCUUUGGCUGUAACAUUAUCUAUGUCAUCACAGGAAGCAGCAAAAGAAGAGCUUCAAGAACCAGUAAAGUCCAUUCUCCUGGUCCUGGAGUACAUAGAGGGAGAGAGUUCUGUGGUGCCAGCAAUGACAGAACUGAAAGUUGGAGCUAUACGGACAGCUCAGUUUGCAUCCAAGAAGAACGUGGAGUUCAAUUUUGAUAACCUGCCACUUCUGCAGCAGAAGGGAUUCACCAUUGAAUCUUCAAAAGGAACAGUUGAUCGUGGUCAAGUAAAAUGCAUCAGUGUUUCUUGGGUGCCACCUGCUGAUUUUCAUGCUGAUAGCCCCCUGAUUGUGACAACCCUGCUGACAUUAAAAGGUGCUAUUAAAGAAUCUUACCGAAUUAUCUUCAUAGCAAAAGUUGCAUCUGCCUCAUGCUAAACAAGGAAAAGAAGUUAAAUGGAAAGGAAGAUGAUGGAGGCUUGUAUUACUGGUAAACCAUUGGAUCUCAAUUGGAAAAUGGAAGAUUGUGAGAUUGUUGCAAGUAUGUGACAUUCAGGCAUUCAAUUUUAGACUCAGUUAAGAAUUUUAGAAACUUUCACUGUAAACAAAAUUUGUAUAAUCUUAGUUAAAUAGCAUAAAAUGGAUUUAUCACCAA